CGUCACUCCUCUAGUUGAUAGGAGUGGAGCUGCUGCACCGCAGCACGGGGACAGCUACAUAUCUAGGCGCGUGGACGCAGAUAGGCACUGCGUCGGCAUCCCUGUCUGAAGAGAAGAGCCACAUCUCAAACAGCCAGACACGUUUUUUUCAACCACAUCGUCUUAACGUGCCCUAACCAAAUACCAUCGCGACUGGGAUGGAGAACAAAAGUGUGGAAGCACAGCUGAAAGGAAUAGUAACGCGACUGUUCAGUGAGCAGGGGUUCUACUUGCAAAUGCAACCCGAUGGCUCCGUUGAUGGGACAAAGGAUGAGAACAGUGACUACACACUGUUUAAUCUCAUCCCGGUGGGUCUAAGAGUGGUAGCUAUCCAGGGAGUAAAGGCCGGACUCUACGUAGCCAUGAAUGCAGAAGGGUUCCUGUACAGCUCAGAAAAUUUCACAACAGAGUGCAAAUUUAAGGAGUCGGUCUUUGAGAAUUACUAUGUCAUCUACUCAUCGACACUGUACCGUCAGAAUGAGUCAGGCCGGGGCUGGUUCCUGGGGCUCAACAAGGAUGGGCAGAUUAUGAAGGGGAACCAUGUUAAGAAGACCAAGCCCUGCUCCCAUUUUGUACCCAGACCCAUUGAAGUCUGCAUGUACAAGGAACCUUCACUCCAUGAACUUGAGGAGAAGCCACGAUCUAGGAAAAGCUCAGGGACUCCCAACAUUCAUGAAGAUGAUGUGGUGAACCAGGACCCCAAAGAGCAAGAUGGCUCCUAGCUGUGAUGAUAGACUGGCCCUGCUUCGGAACUCCAUCCUUUCUUAUGAUCUUUAACUAAAACUAAAAGACAACAAAAAAGGCAUUAUUCCCAGUGAAUUAUUUUAGACAAAAAGGGGAUAAUAUUUGGAAUCAGGACAUGAAUUUACAUUUUAUGCAAAAACCUGCUGUGUGGCACCAGGAAGUUCAUCUGACAAUUGCAAUAUUAAUGUCAAAACUGAGUUCUGAAGUAAGCAUUGAUCCUGUUAGAACUAAAGUAUUUUUAAGAAUGUUGUGGCACUUGCUUACAUGUGUUGUUGCUGAAAUAAUAAUCUUGUUGCUAUUUUUUUCUCAGCUUUAUUUUAAUUUGGGAAAGAUUUAUCAGUAAGGGCAUAAAUGAAAAUCUUUGCACUAUAAUGAUUUUUGCCACUUUAGGUAGUAAAAGCAAAAGCAGCCUCUUGGUUUCAAGAAAGAAUGGCUGAUGAGUCUAGAUGGGUGUCACUGGAGAUUAUAGAUUUGCCUGAAGUCAUAAUAGAAUCUUGACUGGUCCAUGUAUUUCAUUAAACAGAGUACUGAUGUUAUUAUUAUUAUUAUUAAUAUUGCUUCCAUUAUCUGUCUUAAAACAUAGUUUACAGGCAUUUCACUGAAGCAUGAAUGUAUACUAUCAAUAUAUAAGUGUCUUUGACAAAGUCUUCCAUUGCCAAAAUGAUAUCAUCACAAUAUGAUGGUCCUAGUUGGGUAUAUGGGCCAUAGCAAGGGUGACAGAGGAGAGAAGGGAUCUGUCUGUAUUUCCUAUAAUAUAACUGCAUGGGAGAAUGUCAAUGUAUGUCUCUGGGAGCAAAUGAGGGUGCCGAUUUCCUGGCUGGCGCUGACCACACUCUGACAGUAGGAAGGGAAAGGGCACCCAUAUGAAGAGGGUUCCUGUACUGCCCGUUUUAUAAGUUACUGUGUUGUUUAGUCCUAGUCGGACAUAUUCAUUUGUGUUUAAUAAUAACCUGAAAUGAAAAUGACCAGCAGGAUAAUUUGCAAAUAAAAAGUAUGAAUACAAAAACAAA